AUUUUUGUUUGAUUUUUUCAGGUUCAGUUAAUGUCAACGCCAGUAUCCAAGAAACCGGAGCAGAAAAGAUACGUUCCUCCAGCUGGCAGAAGACACACAGAUUCCCGAAAAGAUACGCUUGCUGGCAGUGGCGAGAAUGAAUCUCGAAAAUCAGAUCCUGCUAGAUUCGGUCAACAUGACGAACGGUCUAAUACGACUAGCCGCUCAAAUGAAAGUUUCGCCUGCAGAAGCAGUGACCAGAAACGAGAACCUCAAAAUCAGUCAAACUAUCAAAAAGAACAGGAAAGUAGACGUGAUCAACCAAUAAGAAACAAUACAAGGAGAGUGAAUGACUCAAAACCAGCUGUGCAGAAUUCAAGGUCGAAUAAUUUUGGUGGAUAUUCAGCACAGCAGUCAUCGCAGCGAGACAGAGGAAGCAAACCUGAAGUUAAUAGAGCCGGUGGAAGAGAGUCUACCAGUCGAUAUGGGAAAAAGCACGAUGACUCGGAAACUGUACGUCCCCUAACAGAAAGCAGAAGGUAUUAUACGUCGGACUAUGUUGAAAACAAAAAGUCGCCCGAUGCCGAAACAGCAGAACUUGCUACUUUAAAUUCAAAUACUGGACUGCUUAAAGACAUUUCUUCUCUUGACACAACAAAUAACAACGAAGAAGAUGACAAAUAUAUUUUCGUCAAUGAUAAUAGAUUAGAAAAAGCUACACAUGAUCAGCGAUUGGACAAACAGCGACUUGGCGAAAAGGUUGGAUUUUCCAUUGAAAAUGAUUAUCGAACUGAAAAAUCUCGCCGAAUGGACCAUGCUCCAGGGUACUUUUUUGGGGCCAAUCGAUCAGAAUCUUUCCGUGAAUCAGAAAGAAUUGGAUUCCAGAAUACCUCAAAAAAUGAGACACAUUCAAGUGGUCUUAAGUCACUGGAGAAACUGGAGUUCACGCCUACAAACUCAAAUAGAGAUCUUAACAUCUCUGAGCUAGAUAUUGCGAAGUAUAUCGGACCCCAGAAAAACUCAGCUAACAAGACGGAAUUCAAGGAUGAUGAAGGUUCAAAGCAGUCAUCACAGAUUGACGCACCGAAAACUCGCAGAGUUAAACCGUCAAAGACCCACGAUGAGGAAGAUCAGGAGGAAAAGAACGCAAUGAUGAGCUCACCGCCUAUCCACACUCUUGAUUCUGGAGAUGGCUCGGUCAGAGCAAGACGAGUGUCCCGUAAACCGCAUCAAACAACCGCUGAAAAAGACGAAACUGCGUAUGAGGCGGUGAAGUUAGAGAUGCAACGAGAGAAUCCAAAAAAUCGAACCCUUUUUGAUCCCAAUAACCCCGCUCCCUCUGUUCACCAUCAACCAGUGUUACUUAAUACGCCUCCAAGCGUUGAAGAAGCAUCUAGAAUUAGUCCACACGAAUCUGCAGAUAUUCCGAGCUUUCAAGAUCUGCAGCAAGCGCAGAGACCACAUUUCAGGCAACCUCUUCAAGGAAGAUCGUUGUAUGACCCGAACAGUAUGCAAGCAUCCGCUCCAAUGACAAGUGCUGCAAAUAACUUGCCUUGUAUCAAUAGUAUUUUUCCAAACCCUAGUCUCCAAAACCCUCCUUUGAUGAGCAACGUUACAGUUAAACCGACAGCUCAAGUUAUGCCGAUCCCAUCUACAAGCGCGCCACCGGUGCAAAAUAUACCAGCUGUGCCGCUCGCGAAUCCUAUACCGUUGCAGCCGAGCCAUGAACAGUUUAUGGGCUUUCUGAGAAUGUGGGGUAUGGAUCAAAGUCAGCAAACGGCUCAAAGUAUGACCGCUAUCUUUCCUGUCUUCAUGCAGUUUUUCCAGCUGUUCAACAGUACGAGAAAUUUGUUAGCUCAAUCUCAGCAGCCGACAUCUGUUCCCCAGCAGCCAUCAAAUAUGGAUGGAGACUUUUUGCAGUUUUUAACAGGGCAACAGCAGCAAAUGGGUGGACAAUUUAUGCCACAGAAUUCGAGUCUACCAAGUAUGCAACCUCAGUAUCAACAACCGGCGUCUACAGUGGCCGGAAACAAUCAAAGCAUUACGAAUCCCUAUCAGUCUACGACGAGUAGCCAGCUCCAGCAACAACAGCAGUAUCAAUACCCUUUUGCGCAGCAACCGCUUGCACCACCUGUUUCGUAUGCCGCCCAACACCCUGCAAAUGUCGGAACGAUUCCUAAUAUUGUCCAAGAAAUGACUUCGCAGAACCCACAUGUGAUGAAUAGAAUCGAUCAGGUAGAUUACAAUACGCAGCAGCAAGCACGUUCGGAGUUGAACAAUAAUAGUAAUCAGAGAAUGGAGUCGAAUGAAGGUGCAAAUAGUGUGCACGCCGUGCAGAGUGUGAUGGAGAGUAACAGAUGUGUGCAAUCUAGUGAAAUGAGUGGUGCUCCUAAUUUGAUGCAUCAUGGACAUAGCAGUACAGUUGGAAGAAAUGUAAAUAGAGCAGAGAUGGAACUCAAGCUGGAGGUCUUUCCUAAUAGGCCACAAAAUAUGGAGUCAAACAAGCAACCCACCAGCUCACCCAGUCCAACUAUGGCGUGUAUGGAUGAGGAUGACAAAUUGAGUUUCGAACUGCAAAUGCGAUUAGGAGAAAUGACGAAAAAAGGAGCGAUAGACUUCGGCAAACUGGUCUCCAUGCAAUCUAACAACCCUAAAUUGGACUCGAUCAGGAACAAAACGCUGAAGCAGAUGCUGUUUCAAAGCGUAAUGCAAACUCAAAACAUUGAAGCGAAACUAGAAGAGAUGAUUAAGAAAGUUCCGAUGGAGGCACUGGAAAGUGAGAUGAGCGAAUUGCGAGACCGGUUCCUGGGCGAGUGUUCAAAAGUGAUAAUAACAGACAGUGAAAGUGCCCAGACUCAUAACAUGGAGUAUGUGUUGUGGAAGACUGCGUUUUAUCCGCUGAUAGAGAGGCUGAGAAAACUGAUGAACAAUAAUUCGGUCAAGUACAAAGCGGAGGAGUUGAUGCAGAAGUACUUAAAUGAGGGCAUAGGCUACUACAAUCGCCUACUGACAGAGAUGCAAGCAGCUCAGCAGGUCAACCUUGCUUACUACACAACCCCCGAAAUGAGGCUGAGAUUGUCCUCAAUUCCGAAGAAGGCUCGCUUCACUAUGAACUCGGCUUUUAAGCUGAAUAUCGGACUGGGAGAUCUGCAUAGGUAUUUGGAGAAUACAGCGGGAACGACGGACUUCAUCUUGGCUAAGCGAGCCUACAACUUUGCACAUUUCUUACUACCGAAAAGUGGACGAGCCUUCAACCAACUCGCCCUCAUCGCAACUCAACAGAAACGACGCCUUGAAGCAGUUUAUUGCUAUAUCAGAAGCCUAGCUGCCCAAGAAGACUUCAAAGCUGCGCGUGAGAGUCUGAAUGUGAUGUUCGAAGAUGUGAGCAAGAAGGUGAAGGGCAGUCAGGAGAGCGAGAGAGCAGAAGUUGAGCAGAGGAUCAGCAGACAGAGGAGGGACAUCAUAGCUGUCUACAAGGGAAGAGGCAGGUUGAUAUGGGUCAGAGAUGGUGGCGACAACAACAGCAGUUCAAGAGCUGAAGGUGGUCAAUCUUCGAGGGUGAAUGAGGAGGAUGUGAAUGAGUUGAACAGACAGAUCAAAGCUCUCACCGCCUCAGUCCACAAGGAGAUGCUCAUGCAGAAGGAACACUCGGCUCUGACCAAACAGCUUGUUCUGAGCUUCCUCAAUAUCCAAGGCAUCCUUUUCACAGGAAUAGGUCUGGAUGGGUUUGGUGGUCUGUGUUCACAGACGGAGGAGGAGUUCAAGAUUCUACUGAGUCACAGGCCAGUGAGCAUGCCAGACGAGAGACUCAUCCAACUCAUCAUCAUCAACAUAUUCGCCAUCUACAACACAUCCAAACGAGACUGCAACGGAGACUUGGUAGUAGACGAGACCGCCUCUGCCUGUCGCAGUGAAGUGAACAAAGCGGCCAUAUCUUUCGGACUCAUUACAAUUCGUACCAUGGUAGACCAAGUAGCUCAAGUGCUAUCCGAUUGGCCUCCCCACACUUCCCUCUCAUUCCUCGACACAGCAACUGUGACUUCUACUGGUAGUUCGAACAGAAAUGGGCCUGACGAGGGAAGUGAAUCGCGAAAGGUUCUGAAGGCGCUGUUGCCUCCGAUCAAGUUGUUGGCUGCAUGGAUGAUCAGCAACGUCAAGUACUGGUUCCCAAUUCCAGAUGCAGCCGGAGUGUCCUUCGAGGCCUACUCUUUCUGGCAAUCAUGGGCCAACAUGUUCAACCUAAUACACUCCAAAAUCAACCCAUCACAAAUGAAUUUCAAUUUUGAGUCUUCAGAGCACGCAUCUUCUAUCAUGAUUCUGCCUGAAAUUGUGACUGUGGCAGGGUACAAGCCGAUGAAUGGCGAAUGUGCUACUCUUGGAGAUCGCCCUAUUUAUGUAUCGACUGAGUGCAACAACAGAUCUGCAAUAGAAGAUACAUACCGGUGUUAUUGUCUGCUGGACUUCGCCAAUUUCCUGGAAAGUGAGCUGAAAGUGAUCCACAGAGGGAGCAACGGAGACAGAGGCGAGUAUGAGGCUUGCUUACCUGAACUGAAGACACCUGUCAAGUACAGUUGGGCUGAUGAGAUUGAGGCGGCCGAGGUGGACAGGAGAACGUCACGUGCUAAUACAGAAUCAUCUGACGACGGACUUCUAGCCGACCUGCAGACUACUCUCACCAACUUCGACCUCAAUUCAGCCGGGGUGGGAGGGGGCACAGAGACCUCGUCAUCUGCAAUCGCUUCCCCAUCACAAUUUAACAACCCACAUAGUGUCCGCAAUGAGGCACACGGGGCGUCCAUGUCUGAUCUGCAGAUGGAAAAAAUGCGUCUAGAGAGCCAACACGAACACAGUCUAAAAGUACAGCAGUCGAAAGAGAAUUACCUGACGGCAUCUGCGGACCCUAUGCGAGUAGAGCCAAUGUAUGUCGUGAUAGACACCAAUGCAUUCAUAGACCACCUAUCUCUGGUGAGGAGAAUAGUCAACUCCAGAAGACUGCAGGUCAUCAUACCACUCACAGUUGUGAACGAACUGGAAGGGCUUAGUAACCCGAACGAAAGAAAUCCUGCGGCCUGGAAGAGUCAAACUGCCAAACACGUGCCAUCAGAUUUCAGUCGACUCGGAUUUUCAUCCAAUGAGAACGAGAGACGAAAAAGGGCGGAAAGUGCAAACCGAGCAGUGCAGUAUAUCGACGAACAAAUGCGACAUAAAAUGUCGUCUGUAAAAGUAAAAACGUGGAAAGGUGUUGUGAUGCAUGAUGCUCAUUUGAAGAACAAUUUCACUGGGCAAAAUGAUGACGCAAUUAUAGCAACUGCAGUCAGUCAUUUUUCAGACGAGCAGCGAGCUAGACAGAGGGCACAAGAUGGAAGUUAUUACAUAAAAAGAAAUGUAGUGCUUCUAACCGACGAUAGAAACUUAAUAAUAAAGUCUAUUUUCAGUCAUUCGUUGCCAGCCACCUCAAUUCAAGAGUUUGUGAAACUGUACAACCUACAUUCUUGAUAGAGUAUAAAUGUAUAUAUGUUUAUACCGUUUUGUGACCUUUUGUCCUGUAGUUCAGUUUGGUUAGAGUGAACUUGAAGCGUGUCGCUACAAGUGAAGCUCGUGAACUUGUGGUGAUCAUUUUUAGGAUGGAAAAUAAAAAUGAAUUUUCUGAUUAUUUUGCUUAGUAAAUCGUUUUGUUAA